GUGGAUAAUAUCUUGGUACCACCCCAGGAUUUAUAGCCAUCCCUAACCUCAUAGCAUAAGCCACAGUGAGAGGAUCUGUCAUUAUACAGACAGCAGCUGCUACAGGUUUUUAAAAUAUGACUCGUGUUCCAGAAAGAAAGAAGUCCUGGUGGCUUAAUUGCUGUUCGUGUUGCUCUAGUAGAAGAGGAGAAGAUGUAGAAGAAUAUACAAGAGCUCCAGGAGACAGAAAUUCUGGGGUGGACAAUGAAUCGGGAGGACACCGAGAUGGAUCUCAACCAGGUAGAGAUGGAGACAGACCAGGAACUACCCUAGAUGACCUGCCUACAGUUACUCCAGGAGGACCUCUGAAAAUUCAGAAAGUGGAUCUUCUCCCAUCUCGGACUGGUGAAAAUCGUCGAUCUCAUCACACUGAUGAAUAUGAAUGUGAAGAUCUAAUUGUAAGAAGGGGACAACCCUUCCAGAUCUGUGUUACUUUCCAAAAAGAAUUUGGCAGAAAUGACCAAAUCUGCAUUUUGCUACAACAAGGAAAUGGCCAAGCAAUCAACUUACCCCUGGUAAAAGAGUUUGAUGAGGGAAACUGGGGAUGUCAACUGGCAGAAGCAAGUGGACAGAAUGUCAUUUUCUGGGUGAACACUUCAGCUCAGGCUCCUGUUGGAAAAUACCAGCUCAGUGUUAAAAGUAGCGGAGGAAUAUGCAGUGACGCUAAACUAAAAGUCUACGUUCUGUUUAAUCCUUGGUGUAACAUGGAUUCUGUAUUUUUGGAUAAUGAAGCAUGGAAACAGGAAUAUGUUCUUAAUGAGAUUGGAAGAAUUUACUAUGGUACUGAGCAUCAAAUUGGUGAACGUUCAUGGAACUAUGGACAGUUUGAUAAGGGGGUUCUGGAUGCUGUAAUGUUUAUACUGGAUCGUAGUGGUAUUGCACCUGGAUCAAGAGGAGAUCCUGUAACUGUUUCCAGAGUUAUUUCUGCCCUGGUAAAUUCUAUGGAUGACAAUGGAGUUGUUGCUGGAAGUUGGUCUGGUGAAUAUGCUGAUGGUGUGAACCCAGUUUCUUGGGUUGGUAGUGUGGACAUUCUGCUUCGUUAUCACCAAAGUGGUUGCUCUGUGAAGUAUGGGCAGUGCUGGGUGUUUGCAGCUGUCACCACCACAGUGCUACGUUGUCUUGGAAUCCCUGGACGUACCGUCACCAAUUUUGCCUCUGCUCAUGACACCGAUGGCAAUUUAAUAUUUGAUGUGUAUUUUGAUGAAGAUAUGAAGCCAAUAGAAGAUAAAAACAGUGAUUCAGUCUGGAAUUAUCAUUGCUGGAAUGACUGUUGGAUGAGACGUCCAGACCUGCCUGGUGGAUAUGAUGGAUGGCAGGCUAUUGAUGCCACACCUCAAGAAACCAGCAAUGGUAUAUACUGCUGUGGCCCAUGUCCCCUUUUGGCCAUAAAGAAUGGCUUAGUGAAUAUUAAAUAUGAUUGUGGAUUUAUCUUUGCUGAGGUAAACAGUGACAAGGUGUUCUACCAGCGGCAGCCAAAUGGCAAGUUUAAGCAAGUCCAUGUGGAAGAACGAGCAGUAGGACACUGUAUCAGCACCAAAGCUGUAGGAUCAAAUGCAAGGGAAGACAUCACUUACCUGUACAAGCAUCCUGAAGGUUCUGCUGCAGAACGUGAGUCAGUGCAGACAGCUGCCAAAUACGGCAACAAGCCCAUAGCAGAAGUUGCUACAGAUGUGUCAAGUGAUGUAUCACUUACCAUUGAGUCACAGGAUGGUUUCAAUAUGGGCAGUGACAUUAAUGUCCGCAUCUUACUGAAAAAUGGCUGCAGUAGUCGGCGGUCAGUGUCCUUAUCUAUGGCUGUUGCUAUUAUGUUUUAUAACGGUGUCUGCAAAGAGUCAUUCAAGAAUGAGACCUGCAAUGCAACUCUAAGCCCUGGAGAAACUAAAGCAGUUGGGAUGAUGUUACCUUACAGUGAAUAUCAUACACAGCUGGUGGACCAGUCAGCCAUGAUGUUAACAGUGUCUGGAAUUGUGAAAGAAAGUGGACAGAAAUUAGCCAAACAACACACCUUUAGAAUAAGAACCCCAGAUCUUGUGAUUAAGGUGCAGGGUAACCCUGUGGUUGGCCAACAAAUUGUGGCAGAAAUCAUAUUCCAGAACCCUCUUCAGACAACAUUGCACAAUGCCUGCUUCCAUGUGGAAGGACCUGGUCUUCAAAGACCAAAGAUUGUGCAAGUUGGAGAUAUUGGGCCCUUGAAAACAGUCUCUAUCAAAGAAUGCUUUACACCUCGGCGUGCCGGAUUGCGUCAGCUUGUGGCUAGUUUGGAAAGCAAUGAGAUGAGUCAAGUACAUGGAGUGACUGAAGUCAUGGUGCGAGAGAAUUAAUUUGAUGGCUUCAAAGCAAGCCUGGUUUACUCAUUCAGUAUUAUUGGAUGACAUGGGAACAUAACAAAGACUUUAUACUGAAAAGACAUUUUUAAUGACUCCCUCUCUAAGAAAUCCGUCUGGAGCCUUCCAGAGCAUUUCCAAAAAUGUAUGUUUUAUGACAGAGGCUUGCCAUCUAACAAACUAACAAGACAACUGGAUAUAAGCCCUAGAGGAACGCAAGCCUUGCAAGUCUGCCUAUCUUGGAAUAUGGCUAGAAGGUUGCUAUUUCCAGGAUUUUGAUUCACCGCAAUCAACUUUAACUGCAACUUUAAACCACUCACAAAUAAAGAAGCCAUUCCAUUGCUUUAAAAAUCCAAAUUGUGGAACGAUAUCAUGUGCUCUACAAUCAAGUGAUAAAUGUAUGAUCUCAUUAGUCUUUAAUGACUCCUAGAUACCUUCUUUAUGACUGAAACUUAGUUACGAAACCUAAGACCACUUGUAGCAUAAUGAGAUGUUAUGUUAUAAGCUAUAUAGCAGACGUUUCAUCAUGUACAUAAUGUUUUGGGCAUAAACACAUGGCAGCAUUUGUAGUAUCUCUUUCUUAACUGUGAACCCUACUAAAUUACUUCUAACUAUUGUAUAUAUAUAUAUGCAUAAAUUAUAAAGAAAAUUGUAUUGUUAAUAUUGUAGCAUGCCGAUGAAGAAACAUAAGGAAAUGUGAAUAACACAUGGAAGCAUACUACAUUAAUGCUGCAUAAUUCUUAGUUCACCCUAAAAUAAGUUACCAUGCCGUCCACGUUCCACUGCAUAGGUAACCCUUGUGUAGAAGAAAAGUUUAUUGCUGGUUUACAUACAGACAUACUGUAUCUUCCAUUGACAAGUGUGCUUUUGUCAUAAUGAAGGAAACAUGCCUAUGGAUCCAAAUGAUCACUGUUUGACUCUCUGUGUAGUCCCUGCCUACUGGAUAAGAAAGCUCACACUCCGACCACCAUAGCUGUCCUGUGACUAACGGACACACAAACUGUGAUCACAAAAAGCACUGGAAUUUUUUGUGCACUUUUUAUUUCUUAAUUUUAUUUUAUUGUUUCAAUAAAUAUUUUAUAUUAUUCACUAUAAA